AUGUUUAGUCAGGACAUGAGACUACUACUUUACGUAUUUGCUUUAAGUUUCAUUACUUAUUACGGUAUUCACAGAACUGUCAUGAACAGAUACAAAUUCUUUGUCCCUAAUUUACAAUAA